AUGUCGGCCAACGCCUCGACAGCCAUGCUCUCCCGCUCCGUCGUCAAGAAGGUGCCGGCGAUCGAGACGCCGGAGGGCGCCGGUGCUAUCGUUCGCCGCAGCAUCGGCACACCUGCGCUUCGUAACCUCUCGCCCUUCUUAAUGUACGAUCAUUUCCACGCACCCGAAGGUGCAGGCUUUCCCGAUCAUCCGCACCGAGGCAUGACCACGGUGACGUACGUCCUCCAAGGGGCGUUUCAGCACGAGGACUUCAUGGGUAAUGCCGGCAUCAUUGGCCCAGGCGCCAGCCAGGUGAUGAGCGCAGGUCGUGGUGUGGUUCACGCGGAGAUGCCACUCCACCGAGAUGCACAAGGCAACAAGCUGCCUGACCCCGUCGGCCUGCAGCUCUGGAUCGACCUGCCGGAGGAGUCCAAGAUGAGCGAGCCCUACUACCAGGAGUUCACGGCCGAAGAGAUGCCGACGGCGCGGCCUCGUCCUUCGGAGCCCAUCGAGACCGAGGGCAGUGACUGGGAGAUCAAGAUCCUUGCUGGCGAGUCGCACGGCGUGAAGUCGCCCGUCCGCUCGCCCGAACGUGGCCAGUGCUGGUACCUGGAUGUGCGUCUCAACAAGCCCGGCGCUAGAGUCUUCCAGCCUAUUCCGACUGGCUGGACUGCGUUCAUCUACGUCGGUGAUUCUGCGCCGAUCAAGGUUGGCGACGACGCCUCUCUGGCCGCACACGAGAAGUUCCACACGCUCGUGCUCAGCAACAAGGCCGUGGUGACGGACCCCAAGACGGACCCGUCCACUGGCGAGGAGGGACGCGCAUUUGUGAUUGCGGGAAUGCCGCUUGACCAGACUGUGUACCAGCAUGGGCCAUUCGUCAUGACGAGCGCAGCUGAAAUCCGGCAAGCUUUUGAAGACUAUCAAUAUGGCCAGAACGGCUUCGAGCGCGCUCCCGGAUGGCGCUCCAAGAUCGGCGGUCAGUGA